AUGGGGGCGGAAGAGCCGCGUUUUCGCAUCUUGCAUGUAAGCAACAUAUCAAUGACUGCUACUCGUGAACAAAUAUGCCAGCUGUUUUCUUUUAUUGGGCGUAUUGACGAAUUCAAGAUGUACCCAACGGAUAACCACCCCCAAUUAUCAACAUUCACUCAGAAGUUUGCGUAUGUUAAAUUCGAUGAUUCUAAAUCGGUGGAAGUGGCCCAGCAUUUAACUAAUACAGUAUUUAUUGAUAGAGCCCUGGUGUGCAUCCCAUCAAUUUCGGAUGUCAUUCCCGAUGAGGAAACUGCUCUUACUACCGGAGGGCCAGCAUGGCCGGGAAAACGUCAGUUACCGCCUAAUGUUACCAACCAGAUUCAGGAUUUGGGCGACGGGCAGCAAAUGCUUUUUACUGUAGACCCGACUUUGACUGCAUUAGGGUUGCCUGUAUAUCCUGCAUUAAGCGCAACUACUGAUCCAGCAAAAGUUGAGGAAAUUCGGAGAACUGUAUAUGUGGGCAAUAUCCCUAAAAACUGCACGGGCGAAGAAGUUAUGCAGUUCUUUAAUGACAAUAUUGGAGAGGUAAUGUAUUUGCGUAUGACUUCAGGAACUGAGAAUCUUCCGUGCGCUUAUGCAUAUGUCGAAUUUACGAAUCAGCCGUCUGUACCGAUAGCCUUACAGAACAACGGUAUUGAAUUUAAAGGGCGUUGUUUGAGAAUUCAACAUUCAAGGGUUGCUAUUAUUAAACCCGAGCGUAAAACAGCUGAUAUGGCUUUACAAGAAGUUGAAGAAGCUAUUAGGGUGAAUCAAAACCCGGAUAAGUCAACAAGCGCUUUGAAUAAAUUGAAUCAAGGCCUAGGUAUCGACAGAGCAUACUCUCCCCUACGUCGUUCUGUAUCGCCUCGACAUCGGCGUAGCAGGACUCCAGAUAGAAGAAGACGUAGUAGGUCCAGAUCUAGAUCCUCUCGCAGAAGGCGCAGUCGGUCAAGGGAUCGUCGAGACCGCAGCAGAUCGCGAGACCGCAGGCGUCGUUCACGGACUCGUUCGCGUUCGCGUUCUCGUGACCGACGUCGUUCUCGUUCCAAAGAGAGGAGGGAGAGAGAAAGGAAGGAACGGCGAGAAAAAGAGAAGGAGAAGGAAAGAAAAGAUCGGAAAAGAAGCCAUAGCAGGACUCCAAGAAGGAAAGAGGAUCGUCGGGAUAAAGAACGUGAAAAGGAAAAGGAGCGCGAGAAGUCACGCAAAAAGGAGAAAGAGAGGGAGAGUGAUCGUAAGAAGGAGAAAGAAAAAAGUCGCAAGGAGAGCAGAAGUGAGAGAUCUAGAAGGAGCAGUAAAGAUAAGGAAAAGGAACGAGAAAAGAAGUCAUCGAAAGACAAGGAACGCAGUAAAGAGAAGUCUAAAAAAAAGGAAAGUAAAGAAGCUGUACGUACUGACGUUAAGCUACAAAUUGAGGAGGGGGAAGGGAUGGAAGUUGAUACGUCACAAUCAACGUCAGAUGAAUCGGCCAUACGGGAGCGGCUUCUUGAGAAAGUAAUGGCUAGGAACAGCGGGUCAAGGAAAGAAGAGACGGAUGAUACAUCAGCUGUCGAUGAAGAGGAGUCAUCAAGACGUGACGAUACCGAUCGGGGGGCAAGUGAUGAAGAUGAUGAAGAGGGAAGUGUACGUGAUAAGAGGUCCAGGAACGAAUCUUCUUCUAGUUCAUCGUCCUCUGAGUCUGACUGA